AUGUGCAAGUUAUUUUUAGGAACCUGGAAACUCAUUUCUAGUGAAAACUUUGACAGCUAUAUGAAAGAACUGGGGGUGGGUUUUACUACUAGGAAACUUGGCAGCCUGGCCAAGCCCAGUAUCCUCAUCAGCAUCAAUGGGGAUAUAAUAACCAUCAAGACAGAGAGCACCUUUAAAAACACAGAGAUCUCCUUCAAGCUGGGGGAAGAGUUUGAGGAAACCACAGCAGAUGACAGGAAAACCAUGAGCACUGUAACCUUGGACAAUGGCUCUCUGACUCAGGUGCAGAAGUGGGAUGGCAAACAGACCACAAUAAAGAGAGUGCUGGUGGAUGGGAAGAUGGUUGUGGAAUGCACCAUGAACAAUGUCACCUGCACUAGAGUCUAUGAGAGGGCCUGA